UUCAUGUUUCAGAUUGAAAAAUGACUGAACUAAACGGUCUACAAACAUUGCUAGGGAUGUAUCAAAAGUUGCUCCGCAAUCACCCGAUCCCGACUAAGAGUCUGACAAGUGCAAUUAUUGCAGGGCUUGGAUCCAACCUCUACCAGGUAACAAUAUUAGAAAGAGGAGGAUCGAGUGGAUCCAACCUCUCCCAGGUAACAAUACUAGAAAGAGGAGGAUCAAGUGGAUCCAACCUCUCCCAGGUAACAAUACUAGAAGGAGGAGGAUCAAGUGGAUCCAACCUCUCAAUAGGUAACAAUACUAGAAGGAGGAGGAUCAAGUGGAUCCAACCUCUCAAUAGGUAACAAUACUAGAAGGAGGAGGAUCAAGUGGAUGAGGAUAUUUCGUUAAUUUUUAAUUGGAAUUGGAAUCGUCUUCUUAGAAUUUCUAAUACAGGGUGUCCCAAAAAACAUGGGAAUUCAGUGACGAAUUGGAUAUCGUCUUUGU